AUGGCUGUUAAAAACUUAUCGUACGACUGUGUCGAUGCUUGGAAAAAUAAAACACAAAAGGAUGCUGUUCGAAUUUACUGGAUCGGCAAUUACUAUGACAACGAAGUGUACGACGAAACAGAAUUAACAGCCGAAACGGUGGAUAUUUUGGUGAAUAAAUGUGCCAAUAUAUUUAAAGGGCUUCGGUUGGAGGAUAAGCCAAUAGUAUUGUAUCUGCCCAAUGUUCUACAACUUCCUAUUGCUAUAUUGGCUGCACUUCGAAUAGGACUAACCGUUCUGCCUAUUACUGCCACAAACGAAGAUGUCGAUUGUUUGCAUGAUAUAGUGAAAAGUAGCGGUGCUGACACAGUGGUGACAGUUGAUGGUUUCUGGAUGGGUACCCGACUGAUCAGGACUAAAGAGCUUCUGGAUGCAGCAAUUACCGAUAUUGCAAUACAACGUGUAAUUGUCAUACGACAUGUAAGCCCAGACGAAGGAAUACCACCACCACAAGUGAAUUUGAUUGGUAGACGACCUUACUACAUGUACAAGGUUGCAAUGAAACAAACACGGGAUUUGUGGUGGAGCGGAUUCUUCCAGAAAGUAUCCAGUUCUUGCAAGCCGGAUGCGAUUUCCAGCGAAUCUAUCACAUUACUCUUACCAACUAGAAGUGCUUCUUUCACUGUGCCGUUACUACCCAUAUCGUUGAAAAUGCUUCAAAUGGAAAUCAGUCACGUUCAAACCGCUAUACAUCCGGAUGAACCAAGCCUAAUCAUCAGUACAACAAAUAUUUUCCACCAGAUAACUUGUAUUCUGGCAGUACUGAAAGCGGGCGCCGUACCGCUCAUUUAUGAAAGCGACAUUAAGUAUCCCGACCCUUCGCGAACUUCACAAAUCAUAUACACUUACAAGGUGGCAAAACUGUUGAUAGCGGAAGAAGACCUCAAUCUGUUGUUGGAAAACAAACAGUAUAUAACCUUCUGGGACUUGAAAACCCUCAGAGAAAUCCUGGUCCUUGGAAGCAACAAAUUAUGUGAGCAAGCGAACAAGAUUUUCGGUGUACUUUGCAAAAAUAUUGAAUCAACACCAACCUAA